GUGCGAUUUGGCGUUCAGAAAGCGGCCGGGAUGACAAGCAGCGCCAGGUACAAGAGCAGGGCGGUGAAAUCAGCAGAAGAUGCAGAGGAAAAAGAGUAUGUUGGCUUCGCCACCCUCCCGAAUCAGGUUCACAGGAAGUCGGUCAAAAAAGGCUUCGAUUUCACACUCAUGGUGGCAGGGGAGUCUGGUCUUGGAAAGUCCACCCUGAUCAACAGCUUGUUCCUCACAGAUCUGUACAAGGACAGAAAACUACUCAACGCUGAAGAAUGUAUUUUGUGUUUAGAGCGCAUCAGUCAGACCGUGGAGAUCAUCAAACACACGGUUGACAUCGAGGAGAAGGGCGUUAAGCUAAAGCUAACUAUUAUAGACACACCAGGUUUUGGAGAUGCUGUCAAUAACACAGAGAGCUGGAAGGCCAUUACUGACUAUAUUGACCAGCAGUUUGAACAGUAUUUUCGGGAUGAAAGUGGCUUGAACAGGAAGAACAUCCAGGAUAACCGUGUCCACUGCUGCUUGUACUUCAUCCCUCCGUUUGGACAUGGGCUGCGGCCCGUGGACGUGGAGUUUAUGAAAGCGCUGCAGGACAAGGUGAACGUGGUUCCACUCAUUUCCAAGGCUGACUGUCUGACGCCAGCGGAGAUGAGGAAGAUGAAGGACAGGGUGAGGGAGGAGAUUGAGAAGUUCGGAAUCAAAGUGUACCAGUUCCCAGACUGUGAUUCCGAUGAGGACGAGGAGUUCAAGCAACAGGACCGAGAGCUAAAGGAGAGCACUCCAUUUGCUGUGAUUGGGAGCAACACGAUAGUUGAGGUCAAAGGUCAGCGGGUGAGAGGCAGACUUUACCCAUGGGGUAUUGUGGAAGUGGAGAAUCAGUCCCAUUGUGAUUUUGUCAAGCUGAGGAACAUGUUGAUUCGCUCACACAUGCACGACCUGAAAGACAUCACGUGUGACGUGCACUAUGAAAACUACAGGGCACAGUGCAUACAGCAGAUGACAAGCAAACUGACCCAGGAUAAUCGCGUGGAGAGCCCCAUCCCAAUACUACCACUGUCCACCCCGGACGCAGAGACAGAAAAGUUGAUAAAGAUGAAGGAUGAAGAGUUGCGGAGGAUGCAGGAGAUGCUUCAAAAAAUGCAGCAGCAGAUGCACGAACAGGACCUGUGAACACUGCCCUGAGCAAAAACUGCUGAUUUCAACUUGUCUGCACUUUUACACAAGCAGACACAUAACACUUUAACAUCAUCACACUGAAGGAUUUUCAGUAGAUAAGCAAACAGAUGUAUUUGUAUGUCAAACACAACACACAGAUAUGAAUGCAUGUGUCAAGCACUACGGUUAAAAGGGUCACUUCUAGGGCUUUGCAAAAAAUCGAAUGCGAUUUUCAUGCGCAUCUCCUCAGUAAAGGCGCUCCUUUGAUUAGUAAUAUAUCUCCAGAUCAGGAUCAGGAUCAGUUCGGAUCAGUUCAGAUCAGGAUUGCCAGAUUUUCAAAACAAAACCUCCCCAAUUGCUUCUCAAAACUAGUCCAAUUGCGUUUCGAUCCGGGCGAUAAAAAUACACGU